AAUGCAAAAGGAUAGAAAGAUUAGAUGUUGUGUUUGUGAUAGAUGGAUCUGGGAGCAUAAGUCCCGAACAAUACCAGACCAUGAAAAAAUUCAUGAUUGACUUGGUGAAAAAAUCUGAUGUCGCUCCAGAUAGAGUUCAGUUUGGAGCUGUAAAAUAUUCUGAUGAACCAGAAACGUUUUUCUACCUUAAUACGUACACAACAAAAUCCGAGAUUGUUGAGGCUAUCCAGAAUGACGUAACUAAAGGAGGUUCAACGUACACAGCCAAGGCAAUUGGCUAUUCGGAAGCUCUGUUUGCUCAGGAGCAUGGAGGCCGCAAAAGCAAGGGAGUUCCACAGAUUCUUAUAGUGAUAACAGACGGUGACUCCCAAGAUGCACCACAGCUCAAUGACACAGCCAAGAGAUUAAGAGACAAUGGAAUUAUUAUCUAUGCUGUUGGGAUAGAAGGAGCAAAACCUGAUGAGCUUUUGGCCAUGGCUGGAUCAAAAGACAAAUAUUACUAUGUGAAUACAUUUGAAGGACUCAAAAACACAUCUAUAGCUAUAUCAGAAAAAAUAUGUGAUGAUUCAAAACCAGGCCAUAGGAGGGAUCACAGAGAUCUUUGCACCCCAGAGGAGUCACUUGCAUCUUUGCAAAGAGACUGUAAAAUGCUACUCCUACUAGUGAGGAAAUUCAGUUUGUACCAGCUGGAAGCAUAUCUUCCUGACAUUCUAAAAGCCCUCACAUCCCUAAGCAGUCUGAGUUGCAAUGUGGGGACAAAGACACAGAGCAGCGUGGCAGUUUACCUGAACAACACUGUUACACCCAUGUUCCAAUUUCACAGUGAAAAAAUAUGGAACAACCUGAGCAAGAUCCUGAUCGACAAACCAUCUCGUCUCAAUGGCAACCUCCUGGAGUCACUCUGGAAAACGUUUCCAAGCAAAGCUGAUGAUCAAAAUCGAAGGAAGGUUUUACUUGUAUUUUCAGAUGGUUUGGAUGAAGAUGUAGAAGAACUAGAACAAAAGUCAGAAGAACUUAGAAAAAAAGGAUUGGAUGCACUGAUAGCUGUUGUUCUGGAAGGAGCCUCUAAAUUUGAUGAGCUUCAGUACAUUGAGUUUGGAAAAGGAUUUGAAUACAUGACUCAAUUAACUAUUGGCAUGAGAAAUAUCGCCAAAGCACUGUCCAAGUAUGUGGUAAGUCAUUCAGAGAAGCUCCA